AGAUGACAUCUAAAGAGAGAAAAAAAACAAAUGGGGACAGAGUGGGGAUAUGUGUGAAAACACUUUAAGGAAGAGGCGCCAAAACACAUGAAAAGAAAGGCUGUUCUUCUCAUUAGCUUCACUUGCUAUAUAAAGAACUUCUAACUGUAAAACAGUGCCAUUUCUCUGCUAUACAUACAACGACAACCACUACAUUUAUUGCCAUAUCCAUAACCUUCUUCUUCUUCUUCUUCUUCUUCUUCUUCUUCUUCUCCUUCUUGUUUCUCUCUCUACUGUGUUUUUUUUUUUUUUCUUGUUCUUCUUCCUCCUUCGAUGUAUCUUCCCAUAUCAGAGCCAUCCCCUUCUGAAUCUUCAACGAUCAUCUCUGCUUCAGAGUCUUCUCCACCAUGUCCAAAAGAGGAUCAAGCAACAGACCAAAUUAACCCAAAUUCUCAACUGGGUUUUGAUCUCAGCCUCUGUAACAAUGAUUCCGAUCAUGGGUCCAACCCGGAACUCAAUCUAAUCGACUGUUUCGAUGCCAAUUUGGCUGCAGAGCCAACUGAUACAGAAACAGAGCCGAGGGUUUUCUCUUGCAACUAUUGUCAGAGGAAGUUUUACAGUUCUCAGGCUCUUGGGGGGCACCAAAAUGCUCACAAACGUGAGAGAACUUUGGCGAAGAGGACUCACCGGGUUGGGUCGGGGUCGAAUUUUGGGUUCGCUCAUCGGUAUUCGAAUUUGCCUUCUCUUCAUCUUCAUGGAUCGUUUAGUAGGUCGCUUGGAAUUCAGGCUCAUUCCAUGGUUCAUAAGCCUUCUUCUUUUCAUGUUUCUGGAAUUGGGUCGUCGGGAAUUUAUGGUCACAGUGGGUGGUCACGGCAGCCGCUUGAUCAACAACCGGCGAUUGGGAGGCUGCCGCAGGGGAGUUCCCACAUCGGAAGUCUUAGAUGCAUUACGUCAAACACAGGAGCUGCAAGGUUUGACGGUGUGAAAAAAUUCUCUACGACGGAAACGCCGCCGCCGCUCGAAGGGUUCUGGUGGGAUAGCAGCGGCAGUGGCAGCGGCGGUGGUGGCGGUUUCAGUCACUUGAAGAUGAAGGCUAAACAAGAUGAGUUAUUGAAGCUUGACUUGUCUCUUAAGCUCUAAUCAGAAAGGGAACUUUCUUCAAAUUUCUUUUUUUUUUUUUUUCAAAAUUUUCAAUUAGAUGGUUUGUUCUAAGAUGGGAAUUGAUUUAGAUCCUUAUUUGUUUUCUUUCUUCCUUUCCCUUUCUGCUUCCAAUACUUGAGAAGAUUCUCUGUAAAUAAUCCAUUUUGGCAACAGAAGAAGAACAAAAAAGUAGACCUCUUGAACGGGCAA